ACCUUAAACCACAACACACAUUUUGUUCUUUUUACUUUCUUUCUUGCUUCAUAUUGUACUAUAAUCUAAGAAUGUCAGGGGUUUGGAUUUUCAAUCCGAAUGGCGUAAUGAGGCUAGUAGAUGGCGUGGAGGCAAUGGAAGGUUGUCGCCAAGGGUCAGGUGGACGGCGCAAGGUGCUUGUUCACACCGCAAGCAACGAGAUCAUCACUUCUUACGUGGUUUUAGAGCGAAAGCUUUAUUCGCUUGGAUGGGAACGUUACUACGAUGACCCUGACCUCCUUCAGUUCCACAAACACUCCACCAUUGAUCUUAUCUCCCUUCCUAUGGAUUUCAAUAGGUUCAAAUCCAUGCACAUGUAUGACAUAGUUGUGAAGAACAAGCACUCCUUUGAAGUUAGGGACAUGAUGAUGUAGGCCAACAAAUUAUCCCUAUGCAUGACCUUGUAAUUUGGAUUCUAUGUUUGGUAGUGUUUUUUCUUUUUCUUUUUUAGUAGUGUGACUUAGCAUGAUACAGUCGCAUUAAUCUGUGUAUUUUGUGCAUAGAUUUGUGUUUUUAUUACUAUAUAUAGUAUGUAAUAUAGAGUUUGUGCUUCAGUGGCUGUCAUUUGUGUUAGGAUGCUAAAUAUUAACAUUUUUGU